AUGGAGAGUGGCCCUGGACUUCCAGACAGCCUGGUGUUAGAGAUUUUCCUGUAUCUGCCACACAACGUGGUGCUGAAUGCCGGCUUGACAUGCCGCCAGUGGUUUGCCGUGUCACGUGACGAGUUCCUUUGGAGGGAGCUCUUCUAUUCCUAUUACCGUAUCCCACGCUCUGUGCCCCGCCACCCAGCGGCUGUGUCUUGGUACAGGGAGUUUAAGCGUCUGUAUGACUGCAUUCCAUGCGUGGAGGUGCAGACACUAAGGGAACAUCAUGACCAGGUGCUACACCUAGCCUUCUCCCACAGGGGUCACCGCUUCUCCUCUUGUUCCAAAGACUGUACUGUCAAGCUUUGGGACACAGAGCGUCCAGAUGGCUCUAUCUCACUGGUGCACAGUUCUAGCAUGAGGCAGUUUAACUGGGGCUAUACCCAGUUCUCCCAGUUCAACGCUGAUGAUACUCUGCUUCUUGUGUCAGGGGUGUAUCUGGGGCCCCACCACUCCUCAUCAGGGGAGAUUGCUGUUAUCAGCUUAGAGAACUACACACUGCUGUCCCGAGUGAGGAAUAAGCCAUAUGAUGUGUUUGGCUGCUGGCUGAAUGAGACUCACCUCAUCUCCGGCAACCUGCACUGGAUUGGAAACAUGACCUCCUGCUCUGUGCUCUGGCUCAACAAAGCCUUUCAGGACAUUGAGUCAGAGAAUGUGAACGUGGUGAAGCGGCUCUUUAAAAUCCAGAACAUUAAUGCCAGCACCAUCCGCACGGUGAUGGUGGCUCACUGCCGGCGGCACGACACUCCAGACCUGCUGUUGGACUACGAGGCUCAGGCCCAGUGUCAACAAGAACAGCUUCAACAGGGUGGCCGCUCUCAGCAUCAGCCACUUCUGUUUGACCUGGGUGCCACAGACAACGAGGAAGAUGAAGAUGAGGAAGAUAGCGAUGAUAAUAGUGAAGAGAGAAGGGAGAUGAGGUUGCCGAAGUUCUCGUCAGUGGCAAGUCCAUCUGGACUGGAUAACGUUCUCUUCCACUGUCAGAAGGUGGAAGCUCAGGAUAGGGAGCUAGAGACAAAAGUUGCCAAGCUGAUGGGUUCAAGAUGCACCAAGGCUUCCGACCCAAAAUUACUGUCUCCCCCUGCUCCAGGAGAGGAAGAGGACAAAACUUACCUCCUCUUCACCACCGGCAGCCUCACCUACUCCCCACAUCAGAUAGGAAUCAAACGCAUCAUGCCUGAUCAGAUGACUACAUGUGGGCCCGUGCUGGGGGAAGAGCGCAGUACUGAGGAGUUCUUUGACUCUCUGGAUCACGUCAUUGACAUUCAUGGCCACAUCAUUGGCAUGGGCCUGUCUCCUGAUCACAGGUACUUGUACGUGAACAGUCGGGCUUGGCCAGCAGGCUGUGUGAUCUCGGACCCCAUGUCACCGCCGCCCAUUGCGGAGGAGAUUGACCUGCAUGUGAUUGACCUGAAGAGCCUGCGGGAGGAGAGACGCAGCCUGAGAGCCCACAGAGCGUUCACGCCCAAUGACGAAUGCUUCUUCAUCUUCCUCGAUGUCAGCCGUGACUUUGUGGCCAGCGGUGCUGAGGAUAAACACGGCUACAUCUGGGACCGUCACUACAAUAUCUGUCUAGCACGACUGCGACAUGAUGACGUAGUCAACUCAGUGGCCUUCAGCCCUGCCGACCAAGAGCUGCUGCUGUCCGCCAGCGACGAUUCCACCAUCAAAGUGUGGCGCUCGCCGCGCAUGGUGCGCCUAGCUCAGAGCCCCCCACGUCCACCACGACCCCGUAACCUGCUCUCCUCCCUUCUUGGCCGCGGGAACGCCGCCACUAAUGCUAAUAUGAACGGUAAACCAUGAUGCCUCUACCCAAGGACAUAGGAGUAGAGUGAGGUGAAGGACAGUUAAGUGCACCACUUCUUAAGCUCAGGAGAAGUUCUCUACUGGUCUCCAGUGGCCAUUGUCAUGAAGUCCUCACCACUGAAACUGUUUGAGAGAGGACUUGUCAGCCCAUAAGGACAAGUGAGCAGAACUGAGGUAAAAUGGUGCCCUAGAGUGGGAGCUGCCUGUUUUUGGUGGUGACGGUAGAGAUAUGUGAGC